CACCAUGUUCUAACAGAGUCGCAUAACACGAGGUGCACUCUCUUCAUUUGUAUUCUUCGUUUUUCUCUUUUUCAAACCUUGUCGCUCCCUCACUUUUUACCUGGGUACCUGCCCGUCGAAGUUGUUGAAAGUAAUUCCAGCUUGUGUUGGCCAACAUGCCGAAAGCUACGGAAGUCUUAUAUUACUUGGUUCACUUCCAGCAACUGCGAUCCAUAAUACAAUGGAAAGUUUGGCAUAAUCCAGUUCACGAACGCGACGAAAGCAAAGAGACCGAAUCGGUCAAGGCCUGCUUCAAAUACCUCGACUUGACCAGUCGCAGUUUCAGCGCAGUCAUAAAAGAACUACACCCCGAGCUCCUACUCCCCGUUUGUAUUUUCUACUUAGUCCUGCGUGGUUUGGACACCAUCGAAGAUGAUACGUCGAUACCCGCAAAGACGAAAGAACCUCUUCUCCGGAAAUUUCAUGAAAAUCUCGAGGUGGAUGGGUGGCAUUUUGAUGGCAACAGACCCGAAGAGAAGGACCGAGAGCUGUUGGUGAAUUUCAGAUAUAUUAUUGAAGAGUACAAGAAGAUGAAACCUGCGUACAAGGACAUCAUCAGAGACAUCACGGAAAAGAUGGGCAAUGGUAUGGCAGACUACUGCUUGAAUGCUGAAUUUAACGAGGUUGGGGUCCAGACGGUCGAUGAUUAUGAUCUGUACUGCUACUACGUCGCUGGAUUGGUCGGGGAAGGAUUGACAAGAAUGUUCGUCGAGAGCGGGUUUGGCAAUCCGGCACUUCUUGAAAGACCAAAUCUGCACAGGUCUAUGGGCCUCUUCUUGCAAAAAGUCAACAUAACUCGAGAUGUCCGAGAGGACUUUGACGACAACCGGAAAUUCUGGCCGAGGGAGAUCUGGUCCAGACAUGUGGACAAGUUUGAGGAUCUGUUCAAACCUGAAAACAAGGAGAAGGCGCUCAACUGCAGCUCUGACAUGGUCUUGAAUGCGCUUGAGCAUGCCGACGAAUGCCUGUACUAUCUCGCUGGGCUGAGGGAGCAGAGUGUUUUCAACUUCUGUGCCAUUCCCCAGUCCAUGGCCAUUGCAACGAUGGAUCUUUGUUUCCGGAACUAUGCCAUGUUCCAACGCAACAUCAAGAUCACCAAGGGCGAGGCCUGUCAGCUCAUGAUCGAAUCUACCCAGAAUCUUCAGGUUGUGUGCGAUGUGUUCAAGAAGCACGUUCACUCGAUCCGCAAGAAGAAUCGACCACAAGAUCCCAACUUCCUGAAGAUCAGCAUUGCUUGUGGAAAAAUCGAGCAGUUCAUCGAGUCAAUCUUCCCAUCUCAGAAGAUUGAGGAUGUUCUUGCCAAAAACAAGGCAGAGGAAACCAAAGCUCAGCCUGGCGACAAAGGUGACACGAUGAUUCUGUUUGGCGCCGUGGCAACAAUGUUGGUGGUUAUCGCUGUUUCCAUGCUUUUUGUUGCCUGGAUGCUGGGCGCUCGAUUCGAUACCGCAUACGUUGAAUUCAAAAAGGCGCUCGGAGAGCUCAGUGCGCAAUUUUCCGGUCAGAGUAUCACGACUGGCACCGAGAAUGGUCACGGUGAAUUGUGAUCCGGACGAAUUCGAGCUGUACAUUAGAUUCUAAUCGAAUUAUGAUCCUGGUUCUUCCAUGGGGAUUCUUGGUCUUACACUCUGACACGUUUCCGGACCCAAGUCCCUGCAAAAGGGCCUCAUUCCCUCUGAUGAAAAGCACGGAUGUCAAAUUGCAACUCAGCCUCUCUCAUUGACUGUUGUUGUGCCGAAGAUGUGCUGAAAUUGACGCAUUCCUUGCUCGAAACUGACAAUUGACAGGCCCGAGAUAGUUUCUCUGAGGUGUCUUGUUACCUUCGAGCAUACAUUCAUCCCCCUGCCGUCCCAUAUCCCUGCUCCCCUUUCCGCGUGGGCAUCAAGUUUUUUUACCUUGGGACGGUGAAUUAUCCGCAGAUUGAACGUUUCAUUCGCGGGAAAUCAUCCAAUGGCUGAUUGCACAGGGCGUAGAUGAUCAAGAUUUUAUUCUUUUUCGACACGCUCUUGGACGAUCAUGACCAGGACUGUGUGGGUAGUCGUAGUCGUCAGGGACCAACGCAUAACUCGGGGCACGAGACUCACCUGGUGAGCACAAGGAUUGCGACACCAACAACAACGGUAGAUGCCGAUUAUCACAUUUGCCGUAUCAUUGUCUUAAGAAUAAUGCUUUGC